AUGGACCACACGUCAUCGAAAAUAUUCGCUAGCAAGACGGUCAGAGGUACAUCGGUCAACGUGCCCGGAAAACUCGACUCCGGGGCCGGUUGCGUCGACCGUUCUAUCGGGAAAACGCAUGUCAGCAGACGUGACUGCGUGACUACGGGAUCGAGAAGACGGUCCAGAGGUAGGCACACCCGACGUGUCAAGGGCGAUAGGCCGUUGACGUGUGAUAUUUGUUGUCAUUUUACGGAGAAUCUGCAGACUCUAUACGAACACAUUUUGGAAAUGCACCCGGAUGCGGUGGUGGCUUUGUGCGGCGUUUGCUUCCUUUUCACCGGCGACUUUCCGUCCCUGGUCAACCAUGUCCGUCGGCUACACACCGUAAUGACCAGCGAAACAAUUAUGAAUAGCAUCCGGUGUAAACGUGAUUACGACGAAAACCGUGGAAACGAGACCGAAAACAGGGCCACCGUGCAGAGUAGCGACGAUAUCGGGUGCUAUCCGGACUGGUGCGUGAACCGCGUGACGGCGGAUAACGACGUAUUGCAAACGGUAAACAGCCGCCGUUUGGCCACGAGCGAGAUCGGUUAUCCCGUCGCAAUGCAGCGCGUCAACCGUGUCAAACCCGCCGUGCACAAAGGCCUAAGAACACGUGAGUUCGGGACGUAUGAAACGGUCGUGUCGGAUCCCCCGUACAAGUUCAAAAAGUCGCACAAAACCAGACAAUUUCAGCCGUACUGA